AUGGUGUUCUCUGAAUGUGAACCGUUUGUUCUAAUGAGUAGUGAUAACUACCAGGAGUCUCCCCCUAGUAAUGGUGUCCACAGAGUGUUGGUACUGGGUCCCAGCGAUGGGAGAGAGGCACUGACUGGAGUGGCCAGGCGGCUCUCCGAACAGGUCCAGCAGCACCGUCUGGCCGCCACAGACGUGGACAUCAAUCUCCUCAACGACAGACUUAUAGAGCCCAGUCUGGCAGUAGUAGCUGGAUCUCCUCCCAGUCUACUGGGAUACCUACCUUGGCACACUAGACUCACCGAGGUUCUAUUUAUUAGCUCCCACCACAAGAUUACUUACCAGCAGUUCCACUCGCUGCUCCAACGCUACGCCGGCACGACACAGAGGUUUGGGAAAUGACAACCGUGUGCGGAGACUCUCUCAUUAGGGACAACUGAACAUUCAAUCUAGUGCACAAUUCAGCCUAUUUUUUGUACAUGUACACCUGCUGUACAGAAAACACUGCACCAAUGAGUACAGACAUGAUUCAAAAUCAUAGGUAUAUUUAUUACACUUGAUGAGUAUGUUUUACUGUACGCAUGAAUUCGCUCCGAUACAUUCUGAUGUGACGCUCGCGCCUAGACAGGCGAAAAACAUUGGAGUAUUGUACAUCCUUGGUGAGCCCACGUGAGUACGCUGUUUAACCUUCGGUCACUACGUAGAUCCUCCCUCUCUAACUCUUUAUAGAAAAAUGCACACGAAGCAAAAAAAACGGCACGUGCGUACAUUCUCUGGAAGUCUGCACAGUGCCACACAGGUGACAUAAAGGUUGCGUAAUAGGCAUAGGUGGUGGUAUACGCCUAUACAAUUCAGAUAAUCCA